AUGGAGCUGAUCAAAACAAACCAGCAGCACACGCAGAAUGGCUUAAAAGACCAAGAUGCAGAGCAGCUGAAUGGUUUUAAAGAUGAUGACGAGCCACUGCUUAAAGAAAACCCCAGAAGAUUUGUAAUUUUCCCCAUACAUUACACUGAUAUGUGGAGAAUGUACAAGCAGGCUCAGGCUUCCUUCUGGACAGUGGAAGAGGUGGAUUUAUCUAAAGACUUGGCACACUGGGAACGUCUAAAAACAGAUGAGAAGCACUUUAUUUCGCAUAUUCUUGCCUUUUUUGCUGCAAGUGAUGGUAUUGUGAAUGAGAAUUUGGUGCAGCGGUUUUGUCAGGAGGUUCAGGUCCCUGAAGCACGAUCUUUCUACAGUGUCCAGAUUCUAAUGGAGACGGUUCACUCAGAGAUGUACAGUGAGCUGAUCAACACAUACAUCAGAGACCUCAAAGAGAGAGAUCAUUUAUUUAAUGCCAUUCAAACCAUGCCUUGUGUGAAGAGAAAAGCAGACUGGGCUCUACAGUGGAUAAAUGACAGAAAAUCAUCAUUUGGUGAAAGAAUUGUGGCUUUUGCAGCUGUUGAGGGUAUUUUCUUCUCUGGGUCUUUUGCUGCCAUUUACUGGUUGAAAAAGAGGGGUCUAAUGCCUGGCCUUACUUAUUCCAAUGAACUUAUCAGCAGAGAUGAGGGUUUGCACUGUAAUUUUGCAUGCCUCCUGUUUAGCUACUUGGUUAAAAAGCCAUCAGAAGACCGAGUAAAGGAUAUUAUAACCAAAGCUGUGAGCAUUGAGCAGGAAUUCUUAACUGAAGCUUUACCAGUGGAUCUCAUUGGAAUUAACUGCUUUCUGAUGAAGCAAUACAUUGAGUUUGUAGCGGACCGCCUGUUUGCAGAUCUUGGCCUUGAUAAGGUUUACAAUGCUGAGAAUCCAUUUGACUUCAUGGAGUCAAUCUCGCUUGAAGGCAAAACCAACUUCUUUGAAAAACGUGUGGCAGAAUAUCAAAAGUUUGGUGUUAUGUCUAGCCCAAUGGAAAGUGAAUUCACUCUUGAUGCAGACUUCUAA